UGAGUUUUGGGACCGGUUUUCUCGUUUGUUUACAGUCACGUUUGUUGUGUAUUUCAUUCGAGAUGUUAGAAGAAUAGUUAAAUGUAUUUGCUAUGUCAUGUGCUUCAAAUGCUUAGCGUUUAAUUUAUUAUUUAUGGAGUUUAAAUUACGUAGAAAGUAUGUAGGUUUGUAUUGAGCAGUGUUCUGUUUCCUCAGGUCCUCGUCGAAAUCUUCCAUACAAAUGAUGCAGUUUUGCAUUCGAUCAAAUAUCGUCUUCAUAAUGUGAAUCGUAUAGAAAUGGCUUGGUUCUCUCGAGUAAUUACUACCUAUCCGCUUGUUAUUCUGGGAGUGAUAAGUGUUACGUGUAUUGUCACAUUCUAUGUAUCUUUUCAUGACAGAAAACUACCUGACUUCGAAGAUCCCCAACUGGGCUUCGAAACACGGGGAACGCAGAUAUCGCAGAGAUUAGUAGCAUGGGAUAAAUUAAUGGAUGAAUCUAAACCGUACGGAUCGUUGACGAUGGAUCCUAGCGAAUUAUUGCCCAAGACUGGAAUACCAAUAAGUAAACGAGCAGCUGUUCGAGAAACACCGGAUCGAGUUAUACUUCGAACAUCUCGAGAUCGAGAAGAAGAAGAGGACGAUGACGAAGAUAAUGAUAACGAUGAAAACAACGAAGAAACGAAGAAAAAUUGCGCCAAGAAGAAAAAUAAAGAAAGAUGGGAACAGUUGAAACAAAUUCAGUUUCCGAAAAGGGAUGAAAUUCGUCCUCACGAUGAACAGUACAAGAAGAUUUAUCGUUACAGCUACGAUACUAAUUUCUUUUGUGAUACGUUACAGCCUGGAUACGCGCAGAUUGUUCUAUCUGCUAAAUCGACUGGUGUUGAGAAUCUAUUUACAUACGAAGCCAUAUCGAGCAUUUGCGAAUACCAAACUGUACUGGAAUCGCUGCCCAAUUACAUGAGAGCUUGUAUUACGUCGGAAUCUGGAGGAUGCUGCAAUAUGUGGUCGUUACCCAAUUACAUCUCGUGGUUGAUGAAGUUACCAUCUUGUAAACAGAUAACGGUGAAAGAAAUUAAUAGCACGUUAUCGGUGCUAAAAUCCUGCUGGAAGUAUUACGUCGAAGGUAAACUUUCGCCGAGUUUUAAUGGUAAAGAGCCACCACCGCGGUUGUGUUCGCAAAAUAGCGAUGUUUAUAAUAUAAUGCAUUAUAUCGUCGACGUUGAUUUCCUUCCUAACGAGGGUAAAGAUAUCGUAUUAAAAGAUACAUCGGUGUAUUUACCAAUUCCCAAGAGUUCGGCGUCUUUGCAACUGUUCCACGAUGUAGAAGAUUUGUCCUUUACGUCGCAGUAUUUUAAAAUAACCGCAAUGGAUUUAGGACUGAAAUACUCGUUGUUUAACGAGUACUUGUUACAUGAUAUCAGAUACAUACUGCUGAGCUCUAUUUUCAUCGUUUUUUGUAUGUGGAUUUAUACUGGAUGCGCGUUCGUUACCAUACUCACCAUUACAGCGAUAUUCUUCUCGCUGGUUAACGCGUAUUUUAUUUACACCUUCGUAUUCGGGUUGCAUUUUUUCCCUUUCAUGAAUAUUUUGGCGAUUAUCGUAUCGUUAGGUAUCGGAUCGGACGACGCCUACAUCAUGUGUAAAGUAUGGGAUCGAACGAAGAAAGAAAAUUCGCAUUUGUCUAAAAACGAAGUCGUCCAACUGGUCAUCAAACAUUCGGCUGUGGCUGUGUUCGUGACGACGCUGACAACGGUGGCAGCAUUUUUGUCUUCGUAUUGGAGCUCGGUUACGGCUGUGAGAUGUUUCAGUAUUUUCGCCGGUUUAUCGGUGCUGUUGAAUUUUGCAUUUAUGAUAACGUGGAUACUGAGCGGAAUAGUAAUAUCGUCGGAAUGGCCGUAUAUACCUUUAAUACACUGGAGCUUUUCCCGCGACGCCGAUGUCAUUUACGAGAAUAUUUUAAAUGUGAAGUCGACGUUCGAUCAUUGUAUAGCGUACUGCGUCGAGCAGUAUCAUGUGCCUUUAAUGGCGGUAUUAGGUUUUGUCAGCGUAUUGAGCACGUUUUCGGUACUGUGUUGGCCUAAGCUGCAGGUGCCUGAUUCGUCCGAGUUUCAAUUAUUCGAAAGGAAGCAUCCGUUCGAGCAGUAUGAUUUGAUUUUUCAGGAUCGUUUUCGGUUUAGUCAUGUGUUUUCGGAAGAGAACAUCGAUCAAAAGUUACCUCUGAGAUUUGUAUGGGGGAUUUUACCUACGGAUACUGGUAACUAUCUGGAUCCGUUAUCCAGAGGCAAGUUGCAUAUGGAUCCGAAAUUCGACUUGGCUUCCAACGAUUCGCAAGAAUGGCUGUUUAGGUUUUGUCGACGAUUGCGUAUGCAGCCUUUUUAUCAAGCUACAAUGGGUCCUACACUGUCUAACUGCUUUAUUGAGACGUUCAAAAAGUGGAUGGAUCGUGAAUGUGUUGAUCCUAUCGAUGGAACGAAUAGAUAUCCUUGUUGCGAUAAAGUUCCUUUCCCGUAUCCUAGACGAGUGUUCAAUGUUUGUGUGGUUAAAGCGAUGGCUAGUUUGUAUAGAGUGGACUCGUUCCUGGCUUCAGACGUAGCCGGCCCACGAUUUUCGAAGAACGUCAGUAUGAAGAAGAUUCCAAAGAUCAAAGCAGUCAUCGUCGAAUUCAACAGUAACAUGUCGUUUACAACUUCUUUCGAAGCAAUGAAUACUUUUUACCAGCAAGUAGAUACAUGGAGUCGUACAGAAUUCAGCACUGCUCCGCCCGGCUUGAAGAACGGAUGGUUCGUUACGUAUUUAGCAUUCUACGAUUUACAACGAACGUUAACUCAAGACACAGCUAUAUCUAUUCUAAUAUCGAUGUUCGUCGCAUUAGUUGUUCUAUUCGUUGUAACGAUAAACGUACCGUUGAGUUUAGUCGCGAUAUUAACAAUCACUUGCAUUAUAUUCGUAUCAGUUUCGGCGUUAAUAGUGCUCGGUUGGAAACUAAAUAUACUAGAAUCGAUAGCGAUCUCGGUGGCUAUCGGAUUAUCGGUGGACUUUAGCUUACAUUACGCGGUUAAUUACAAACUAUGCAUGGAUAAGACUAAUCGUAAGACGUGCGUUGUACAUGCGUUAUCGAUGAUGGCUACUCCUUCUUUGAUGGCCGCUAUCACAACAGGAGCGGCAGGAUUGUUUAUGUUACCGUCCGUGGUUCUGCCGUAUAUUCAAAUCGGUAUCUUUUUAAUCGUCGUUUCGGUCGUGAGCUGGAUUUACGCUACGUUUUUCCAAAUGUCCAUUUUGUACAGAUACGGACCACAGAAUGACUAUGGUCAGUUUUCGUUUCCGACCAAAGAUGCUUUGAUCAGAGUGCUCAGAGAGUGGUUUGUUCGUAACCCAUCCGCUGGUGGGAAAUGGUUUCGAUCGUUGUUUCGUCGAUGUCAAACGUCUAAUCCGAUGUACUCUGUGCAUGAAAUGGAAAACCUGAGUAAAAUCAAGAAGCCGGAUAACGAACGUCACCGGUCUGAGAGUUUUAGCCAUUUCAAUGCACCCAGUCGUAUGACCAGAUCGACGCGAAGAUUAUCGUACAGCUUGGAGCAGAUACCUUCCGGCGCCAGUUCAGUUACUUUCAUCCAUGACGAUGAAUGCGACAGGAAUAAUAUGAACACGUAUGUAGAAAUGUAAUCUUAUCCUGGUGGUGGUGAUUUGGUUGUGUUACACCUCAGAUGAGGUGUUUUUUUUUUGUCUGCAAACACGGUUUAGAUGGUUUUGAGCAGUGAUCGCUGAUCGCAAAGCAAUGCAAUUUCUGCUAUCAAUGAUCUCAUUAUGAUAUUUUAUUAGCCCUCUUCCCAUGACUUCAUUCAGUUUGAAUAUUGUACCUACCCUUAUCAAAAAUUUGAAAUAAUGAUGAAGAAAAUCAAUACCCCACAAUGCACCCUGAAAAUUUUACCCUGAUUGAAAAAUUGAAAUUAUAAUAAUUAUCGUGUUUGAUAAAACGGUCCAAGUCGCUUCAAAUUUUGGAAGUAAUUACAGUCAUUACAGGUUAUCUACAGCAUUACGAUCUCUAAAGUGCAAUUGAAAACAAUGAAACGACCGUGAAAAUUUAAUUGAGGUUGAGAACACUAUUCAAGUUUUCAAUCAGUCAAAAUUAUGGAGAGAAAAGUGUUGAUUUUUUAAAUUUUACUUUUUGCAGUUUUCAUGGGAUUUACAAGAUUGUGCGUCUGAACACCUGUGUUUAACACAGUGUUGGGAUAUUGAAAUUCCACUUUUUCCCACAAGAAAAUAAAUUGAAUGUCAAAUUUCCCAUUUUUUCCCAUGCAGAACCUUGAAUAAUUUCCUUAGUUUCUCCCAUGUUUAUCCCUUCUUAAUACUGGUGGUAAAGUUGUCUUGUAAUAACAAAUUAUCGUAACAUACGGGCACAAAAAAAAUGAAACUGCAUAGCUUUUACUGUUAUUGAGAAAAAUUAUAAACAAUAAAAAAGUAGGAUCACAAUAAUUCACAAAUCACAAUUGCUCACUUUAAUAAAGAGAAAUCACAUAAACCACAACUGCUGGUUUGAAUUUUGAAAAAAUCUCAUCUUUGGAAGUAAUUUCUAAAAUCAAUGGGUAAAAACAUUAGGUAUAAGUAAUCGAACAGUAACUAUAAAAUAAAGCGAAAGAUUAAACAUAAUCAAACAAUAACUAAGUAUAAAAUAAAGAAAAAACAACAUGCAAAACAAAUUUUCAACACUUAGAUGAAAAAUGUGUAAACUGGUACUUAUCCAACAUAAAUACAAUUUUUAAAAAGGAAAAGCAAAACCUGUAUUAUGCCAUUGAUUGCAAUUUUUAUUAUAUUUUAGGAAUGUCAAAAAGGUUUUAUCGAUAUUUAAAACAAAAAACUGAAAAAACAACUUAAAAUGAAGAAAAACGAAUCAUGCAUAGCUAUGUUAAUUGCUAUACUAACUUAUUAAUUGCUAAAAGAAAGAACAAUAAAACAUGUAGCUGAGCUACAAUAUUAAUAAGUAUUAAUCACAAAUCAAAUUCGCAAUCAUUAUUAUUAUUAUGUCAUAUAAAUGUCAAAAAGGUUUUAUUGAUGUAAAACAAAAAACAACUUGAAAUUAAGAAAAACAAAACUUGCAUAGCUAUGGUAAUUGCUAUACUAUUAAUCACUAAAAGAAAAAAAAACAAAACGUGUAGCUAAGCUACGCUAUUAAUCAUGAAUCAAAUUUGCAAUCAUUAAAUGGUAUGGCUACAAUGAAAACCAUUUCUAUUUAUUGAAACAUUCAUCCUACUCAACAAAGUCCUCAACUCAUUUACAAAAAAAUGUAAAGCUAAACAAUCUCUCCACAGAGGCCUCACUUGCAGGUACUGAUUGAACAAUCUGCCAUAGUUCAACAAUUCUGGGGAAGUUCAAUUUAUUGUUAUUAUAAAAUGCACCAAUGCUUUCUUCUUUGGCUUUAAGUUUGAUACAUUUCAAAUUGAAAUAUAUUUCAAUUUCUUUCUUCAAGGCUGAGAUUUCUGUCUAUUUUUCAUUAUCAGCGAUAUUACAGUUAGAGGAUGAAGGUGGCCCAGGUAAGUUUCCAGAAAAAGCGCCAAAUUAAAGGAUCUGGAUCAGGUUCAGGGUUGAACUGAAAAUUUUCUGUUUGCAGCCAAAUAUUUGCCCUGUAAUUGGGUCCAUCAUUGAGAAUUCAAGGUAUGCCUACAAUGAAUAGCAAAGGAGUAUGCAAAUUUUCAAUACUAAAUUUAAUUUCCACAUUAAUGGUCUUGUAAGAUUUUCUGGCUAAGCUAACUGGACAUAGUUAUGUUAAAAUCGGCCAAGCAACAGAACAGGUUUUCUGAGUAAAACAAUUUUUAAAGUUCCCUCAUUCCUGAAAAAUCGGUAAAUGAUUGAGAAAAUGUGUACCACAUAAAAUCAUCACUGUUGUACCUUGCUAGGCAACUUGCAAUGCGCACAUAUCUUCGAUGCAUAAUAUUAGGCUGUUUAAUACGCAUUUAAAAAAAAUCAUUGGCACUUGGACGGUUAUUACUAAAUACAGAUAUAUUUUUUCUGGUGCUUGGAUGGGUUUCAUUCGUUAUUUUUCUUCAAGGUCAUGUAGUUGAACAAUUUUAAUGUAAUACGAUAAUGAAUUUGGAAACAAAUAAAUUGAAAUUUUUUAAUAAUUCCUUAUUUCGUGACUGAAAAGAGAGAUUAGUAAUAAAACGUCGUCAUUUUAUUAAAAGAAGUCGGAAGUUCGGAAUAGUAAAAAUGAAAAAAAAGAACACUAAAGUUGAAAAAUAUUUUUAGAUUAAUAAAGAAAAUUACUCUACGUCUACCAUCGCUUCAUCAUCGAAAUCGUCAUCUAAAUCCAACUCUAUUUCUUCAAUAUCAAAGUCCACUUCUGGAACAUUAAAAUCAUCAAUGUCUUCUUUGAAUUGUUGAAUAUCAACCUGGAGUAUUUCACGAUAGAAGCUUUUGGCAUCGUUUGGAAUGAAACUCAUUAAGGACAUUAAAUCUUUAUGUUUUUUUGCUGUAAUAGGUUUGCCUAAAAAAAACACAUCGUAUGUAAUAAAAUAUUCCGUUUGAAAAUGAAAUUAUUAAUCGUAAUAUCCUACGAACCAUCACUCCAAAGCGGCCUCAAAUUUUCAGCAAAGUUCCCAUUACUAGGUCUUCCUUUGAGUGAUUUUGCCAAAUUAACUUUACAAGGAGCAGCUCCAUCAAAAGAUUGCCGCAUAUUGAUUAUAAAAGGCUCUUCUCUAGACAUGAUCUGCCUCGUUUUCAGCCAGUUGAUUUUGAUUUUAUCCACAGACAAUUUUCAAUUCGUUAUCAUUUUUUCAAGGGCUGCAGUACUUUGAAAAUCUUUCAUUUCAUAGAUCUAAGAAAAAUACAUUGUUGUAAAUAUUUUUUGAAAAUGCAAAAAAAAUGAGAAAAAAAAUAGAUACCUUCAAUUUAUUUUUGGUUCUACAAGUCCGAAUUACAUGAUGAUAAUCGUCAGCAGUGUAUACUCGCACUUGGCAUCUCAGUUUAUCUUCAAUAUUGGAAAAGUCUGAAUCAUUAGGUAGCAUGCUAUGCCUAGAAAACAGGUACUUGCAGGUGAUGGUUUGUAAGUUCGGAUAUUCUUGGAAACAUGCCUUCAACAUUAACAUCAUUUUAAUAUUACGGUUUUGACCACCGCAGCUAUCGCUCCACAGGAUUAAAUGGUUUAUUUCAUUAAAGUACAGAUCGUUUUCAACUUCGAAAUAUUUCCUCAAGCACGAACCAAUCUCCUGUGCACCCCUUCCGGCCUCAUGCUCCAUCCACAAAAAGCAGGAGCCGCGAGAAUACCUGCCAGAGAAAAUUCCCUGGUUGUAGAACAUGAUUUGGCGCUUGUAAUAAACAACAUUAGUCGUUAAUCUCGGAAGAGGUAGUGCUUUUUGCAAAUCGAAGGUGAGCGUCUCUAAAUUUGGCUGGAUUUUGGCGAGUUGCAAAUCUUUUUUCAUCAAUGCACGUGCGUCUUCUGCUUCUCUGAUAUGCUCAUCAAGGGCCUUUUUCAACGCUUCCCUUUUAGAAUCACUUUGCGCUUUUGUGAUACGAGCAUCAAAAAUAUCACACGUAUUGCAUGUAUCUUUCUGCUUCUUUUUACUUCUUUUUACGACAAAGAUUAAAAUUUUCAACAAAUACUUUGCGAUAUGACGACAACUAACAUUUCACAGUUGGAUGUUUCUCUUGAAACAAUCGGUACAUUAAAUUGAUGGAAAGGUACUCCGGUAAGUAUUUGUGAGUUGUGUUUUCUCUGCAGUAAUGUGAAAUGUGAAAUGUAAACUGGAAAUGAGCUGAUAUGGUCUUUUACCAAAUGAUUUGUACUUUCUGGCAGCUUCAAACUUCCUCCACCAACAUUUCCGCGAUUAUCUUUAAUAGUAGGAGAUGAUAAUUUUUUCAAUGCUCCUGUUACUCGAUCAUUAGAAAUACGGAAUGUUUGAAGAGAGUGGGUUUCCAGUAGAGGAAUGCAAAUUUUGAAGGAAUAUUAUGCCUUCAGCUGUUUGAAAUUUUGGUUCUACUUUUGACAAUUCAUCAAAAUAGAACACUAAUGUUCAAGAUGACUAGUUACAUGGUAACAUAUUUGUCACCACACAUCUCCAGCUUCACAUCUGUGAAAGGCUUUAAACAAUCCAACAUAUCUUAUAUCGGUUUUCUCUAAACUUUACACACAGCUGAGCCCAAAUUUCCAUAUACUGUAUAUAACACAGUGAUGGGCCGCUCAAGGGUUUUUGAGCUCACUCUCAUUGUCUCAUACCAAAUUAUAAUGCUUGUACUCACGCUCUGCUCAGUGUGUUCAUUUUAGUGCUUUAUGUUAUCCUGGAGAGUCAUUAGCUGUCUGCGAUGCAUUAGGUCCAAUUUUAUCACACUUUCAUUUUGGAGACUGUGGAUGAGAUGUCUAAAAUAUGUAUUCUCAACAAAGUCAUAAGGUAUUAAUCUACUAUUAAAACUUUUCAGCACCUGUUUGUUUAACUAGUCAUACAUAAGGAUGUUGUUUUGGAUAAUAUCAUGCAGAUAAGGUUGUUGUGCUGGUUUUGUUGUUUCUGGAAUACUCAAUUUCACAGUUAGUUGCUUGUUCUAAACAAAACAAGAAAAGUAACCAAAAAAGUUAAUUAUAACUAAACUAAAUAAACUCCUAAUAUUGAUUUCAUGAUUAUAAUACUCUAAAAAAAUCAGCUUACUGUUGAAUGAUGUUUUAAAUUCCAAGAAGAAUUGAGUGACCAGCAUACAAAAUGUUUGCAUGUGGUACACUUAAUAUAUAUAAUCAAUACAUUUUCUCCAUCUUUAGCAUUAGAUUCAAAUAAACCUUCAAAGUUGGAGCUCUUGAAUUUUGUGAACCAUUUUGGCGGUACUACUGGUAUACUUUCAUCAUAUUUUGUCAUGAAGCUUUUGACUUGUUCAGAAGUAGAAUAUUCAAAAUUGUUGCUAUAGUUUUUAGGGCUUUUACACUUCCAAUUUCAGUAACUUGAGUCACUCUGCUUCCUGAAGUUUCAGAUUAAGAUGAGAUGUCAUCAUGUGAGGGAGUAGAGUGGUUUUUUGUGUAAUGUCUGAACAAAUUCAACUUAUUCAAAGUCUUUGCUGCAACACUUUUUAAUUUCUUCUUGGGGUUUAAUUAUGUAGAGAGAUAAGAGCUUGUUCUGCUUGAAGAAACAGUAUGUGUUGGUAGCAUUGGGAUUGAGUUUGAUUUGCCUACAGCUUAUCAAGUUCCCAUCAUUUUUCAGUCUGUUGAAUAUGGUGUAAUCCUAUUUACAAUAGCGGGAAUUGUAGGUUGUACAACACUACUCCAACAUAAAAAAAAGAGUAUAAGAUACAUACAUUGUUUGCAGUUAAUUAAAUUUCUAACCAUAUCCUAGUCAACUUACUCAAAGUAUUCUUAGUUUUUGUCUGAUGGAAAGUUUUGGCAUCAUCAACAACAGAAAUUGUUGGUUGCAUCCUGAUUCACUUCCUUUUCUGUACUUUCACAUGUUGGUGUUGAAACUGAUUCAUUUUCACCAACCAAAGUAACCACACCAUACUUUUUUGAAACAGUAUGAUAACAUAUAGGGUGUUGGCUUUUGGCAUGGCUAAUGAAAUUUGUUGUAUUGCCACAACUUUUGAUCAACAUUCCGCAGUCUUUGCAUUUUUUAUGGGUUAAAUUAUAAUUUGCAAAAAAUUCUUUUGCUAUUGAUGUCUUCAUAGACUUCGAUUCAUUUGGUUGAGGUUAAGAUGAGUUAUGCUAACCAACUCGAACAUUAUUUUGAUAUUCUGAAGAGCCUGUUUCGGCAGUUUCUUUUGAAUUUUCAUUACUAGAUUCUGAUUCAACAUUUCCUGCACUGAGAAAAAUGUAUAGUAUAAAUUACAAUUAAUUUAUAGUGAACGUGGUCCAGUUUUGGAAUUAUAGUAAAAAUUACUUUAACUAUAUCAAAUGAAAUACUGUAAUUAUAAUAAAAAAUACUAUAAUAUAGUAAAUAUUACCAUACAUAUAGUAUUUAAUUUACUAUAGUUAUAGUAAUUUCAACUAUAAUGCCAAAACUGGAGCUCAUUUACUAUAAAUUAUGAUAAUUUAUGCUAAAAUUUUUUUUCUCAGUGUGAAUUUUGAGGGUUGAACAUCAUCAAUUCAUUCCUCAUCAUUGUCAUCCUCACCUCAUACACAAAAAAGUCUAUAAAAUUUGUAUAGUUCAAAUUCAAUGCAUAUUAUUGUACUUGCAAUGUAUUUACAUUCCUCUUUAAAGAAGAUGAUGUAGAGCUUGAUGAAGCAGAUUUUAUAGAACUUUUAUUGUCAUCAUUCACCAAUCUUGUUCUUUUGAUGUUACUUUUAGCCAUAGCCAUACUUAGUUACAAAUGUCAAAUAUGUUAAACACAAAAUUACAAAUUAUAAACGUAAAAUACUGACAUCAUUUAGCUAAAAAUUGAUCUGUAUUUGUAGUGCUUCUACAUUACUUUGAUGUAGAAGUAGAUGGGUGAACAACUUCAGAUGGAUCAUCUUCCUCCAUCCAAUUGUUAAUAUCAUUUUCUAUGUCACUAGCAGUGGAAUUAGCAUCAACUUUUGGAUCACUAACAGAAGCAGAAGCAAUUGCUUUCCACUUGCUCCUGUGAUAUUUUUUCAUAGGAUUUGCAGCAUUUGUUGUAUUAUUGCUCAUAUUAAUUUUUUGUUUGCAUAACCUACAAAUCUUGAUGUAUAGAUUUUCAUUAUUAGGGUCUUCCAGAUUUUACAAUAAAAAACCAUGGACUUUUGAUAUUUUUCUCUUAUGAACAACAGUGGAUGAUCUCUGUCUCUGUGUGGGAGCCUGCUCAUUUACAACUAGUACUGGUGUAGCUACAGCUUGAUCAGAGUUCCUCUCACAGCUGUGACUUAAACUUUUGUUUGCCCUGCUGAGUUGUUAUAAUAAAACAGCACAAAAUUAUUCAAAAAGAACCUUGAUCUCAGAUACCAUUGUAAUUGUGGAUAUUAAAGUCUUACCUUAAAUUCAAAGCAGCUUGUUUCAAUUUUGAAUUUGAAGACAUUGUUGUUUUGCAAUUCACAUUUCACAACACAAUAUGACAAAAUAUGAAUGAUAUAAUUAUAUAUUACAAAUUUACAAAAUACGAAUUAUGUAAAUAAAUCACAUAAAAUUAAAAAUGAGAUGAUGAUAUGAAACGUGAGAGCCUGAGAGCUCAUGUAUUUCAGCAGCACCACAUAGAAAUUUUUGGCUUCCAGCUGUAGUACAUUUUGUUAAUAAUAUAAAAAAAAACUGGAAAUGCUAAAUGUAUCCAAAGUGACAUUCACUUAAAGGAAAUUUUUCAUAUGAUAAUCAAGGGUACAAAUCUGCAAAAAGUUACUUAAUGUGAAUGUCACCUGGAUAUCAAUAUAAAUAUUUAUACCUAUUUAUGAUAUUGACUGGGAUGGAAAACUGAAAUGAUAUUAGUUCGAGUUUCAGUUCCUAGUUUUCAGUUUCAAGUUUUCAUUUUUUUAGUACAAGUUUUCAGUUUUUUUUGUUUUUUUGUUUUUUUUUAAAAUGAGUUAUUUACAGAGUUUUAUAGCUGAAAUUGGCAAAAUAACUAAUAAAAAGUGAAUAUCUUGUUAUAUCAUAAAUAAUUUAAUAGAAAAUUAGAAAUAAAAAGACAAAAAGUAAUUAGUAAUAUCUUUUUAAAGUUUUAUUACAAAAAUGAAAAAAUUGAAAAAAUUCUCCAGAGACACUCUAGAGAGAAGAGAAUGAUUAAGAUUAAUUGAUUACAUUGAGCGAUUGCAAUUACAUUACAAUUACACAGAGCGAUUGAGAAAUGUGAUUCGAUUACAUCAAGUGAUUCCAGUUACUUUGAAUUACAAGUAUGUCAUCCACAGAUUUUGUUAAUAAAUUCAUUCGUCGUUUUGCUAGGAUAAAGUCCAAAGAACUAAAUAGUCUCUCGACUGAUGUCUGUGUAACAGGCACUGAAUUAAUAACCCUAGCAAUUUGAUAUACAUUUUUAUAUUUAUGCCUAUUGUUGAUCCAAAAGUCAUUUGGUGCAAAAUGAAUGAUUUCAGCUAAUCAUAGCAGUUGCGAUUUGCGAAUUUGCGAUGUAAUUAAAUUAAAUAUGCAUUUCACUAUUUUCACUUUCAGCCAGUGCAGUUUAGCAAUAGCAAAACAGCAUGAUGUAUGUACAUAUGAAUAUGACAAUUAAAAGUAGCAAAAUAUAAAUUUUUUCAACUCAAUAAAAGCAUUCAAUGAUCAAUGACUUACAUUUAAUUUUAAAAAAUGAAGAAAUUGUUGCUUGUUGUUGUUGUUCUCUCUUUCUUUUUUUGGUUUUUUGUGCUACGUCGGAAGUUGUUGUUGCUCGUUUUCGUUGUAUCUUUUUUUUUCUGAGUAUUUCGAUACAUUCGACAUCAUCUGCUAUGUCCGAGUUGGACUCCUCUGAACUCGAAUUUGAAAUUUCUAACUCGUAUACAGAUGCGUUAUCAUAAUUGUCGUGCUCACUGCCAUCUGAAGCUGCUGCAGCUAUACCAAUACUAUUACUAACAUCGUCUUCAACUGACAUAUUUCCGGUAUUCCGGUCUUUUUAUUUUCCUGGAAAAAGGUAAAAGUUGAAACACAUAAAUGAAAUGAGAAGAGUUGAAAUUGAAAAAAAUUAUUUUUUAUUCAGGUCUGGUCCUCUAGUCCUCUCCUGCUCUGGUCUCUCAGUCUCUCUCUGUCACAUGUUUCAUUUCAUUUCACUUUCCCUGUGGUAGUAAACGUAAUGAUAGGUAGUUAAUGAAAUUCAAUUCAAUGUACUUACCAAAAUUGGAAUGGAAUCGUUCAUAAAAUCAAUUCGAAUUUCAAAAUAGCACACUAUUAAAUUAUCAAAUCAACCAAAGCGGCAAAAACUGAAAACUGAACAGAACAGAACUGUCGAUCUCGAAUUCUCGAUAUGAUAAAAUGAUAAUCCACACUUCCACAGCGACAGCCACACAGAAGUCACAGACACCAGAAAAAAAAGGAUCAGUGAAAUUUGAUCCGUGAGGAAGUUUACAUGGAUCACGGAUCAUGGAUCAUAAAAAAAGGAUCCGGAUCAUGAUCCGGAUCCAUGCAACCCUGUCAAAUAUGUUAUAAGAUCAGGUUUUUUAAGAACUGUCUUGGGCACCACAUUUGUGGUUUGACAUUCAAUUCUUUGGUCAUGAUCAUGUGCAGAUUUUUGUCGCUCCAAUAGACAGAAGUAUGCCGAUUUACGUGCCCAUUCAGCUUGAACUGUGCAUCGUCCAUCCAAAUGAUCAAUUCAGGUAAACGUGGUUUGACCACUAAAUACACCAAGUAUUCUUCACAAAAUUGUAAUCUCUGGUCAAAAUCAUCCUUGCUGAGAGCUUGGAGCAUUCUAGGAUCAUACGGUUGAAAUUUUAGCUGUUUCAUGGCAAGUUAUAAUGUUGUUUGAGAAAUAUCAAGUUGAAGAGCAGCUUUAUGUUGUGAAUUAGUUGGCGUUUCGAUAAAAUGAGCAGCUACAUUUUCCAUCAAGUUUUCAUCACAUACCUUUUUCAAUCUUUUUCGCUAAAAAGAAUCUUUAGCUGCUUAUUGUACAUAUUAUUUCACUUCAAUGAAAUUCAGGUAUAACAUUUUUCAGCAAACAUUCUAGUUCUGGUUUCAAUUUAUGUAGCAUUGGUACUUUGCGUUGAAACAAAAUGAAAUUAUUAGAAAAACAUUUAAAUUAGUACUGUACAUUGAUAGCUAAUUGGAGGGGAGGGAUAUUACAUUACAUUCUCUCCUCUGCUUAUAAAUGAAUUAAAAUACUAAUGUAAUAGUCUGACCACAGGUGUUUUAACUCUGUUCAAUCUUCUUGAAAUUGGUGUUUACUAAUUUCCAGGCUAUAUAAUUAUACAAUUAUGUUUCUGGUUUCCAUCUUUCAAUGUUUGGCUCUGUUAUGGUGAUUAUUAGCUCAGUGGCCAAGAUCUCUGGUGCAACAUUUUGUUGAUGUCAUUAUGGUUGCAUUCAUACUGAUGUAGGAAGAGUGUUUUCAUCCUCGAAUGAUACGAGUACACAUUUCCCCUAAGUUUUCUUUAAUUGAUUGAUGCGUCGUUUUGAUGUAUCACCAUUAUCCAAUGGAUAUCGUAAUGUAGGUUUCCAAAUGCAUUUUAUGCAGUGCUAUGUCAUACUGCUAUUUUUUAAACAUACAUUAGAAUAGCGAUAUUUUCUCCAAAUGAGCUAAGAAUUAAAAUACAAAUUGAACACUUAUUUAAAAUGAGAAUUUUGUCAAAACCAACUGAUCAGCAACAAAAAUCCUGUGUUCAGUUUGAAAUCAAAAAUAUGUGUUGCAAACUGGAAUAUCAUAACAAAAUUUAUAAACUGGCGCAGUCAUGCUAUUUUCAAUAAAAAUUGAUUUACUUACAGCUUUGCUCUCGAAUACUAACAUCUUCGAUCUAAACCGUGUUGAAACAAAACCCCUCCUUUGAUAAAAGUUUUUUAUAAUCAAAAUAUCCCCUCUCCCUCAUUAUUGUGCUAUACAACUUGAAAUUUUGUUACCCUUACUAUUGUUACCGUUUUCGAAAACUAUAGUUUGAGUGUUGUACAUAAGUAUAUUUUUGUACAUAGAUAGAAAGAAUGUUUUAUAUACCCAAUAGGUACUCUGUGCAAAGUUCCUUUUACACUACGUAAUUUUUACUUACGUAUGCAUACAUUUUGUACAUAUGUUUUAUUUUUUCAUGUGCAAAAAACUUAAUGAAAAAAGCAAUUGAAAUGCAGAUUUAAGAUUGUUAAUAUUUAUACAAGUUUAAAGAAGAAAGUAACCAUUGUGUGUGUGAAGUAAGUUGACUUCUUUGGAUAUUUUUUGAUUUUUGUGAUAAGAUUGAAUGUGACGUCGUUGCGGAUUUUACCCAAUACGACUUUUUUCUAAAUAGAAUGUGGUAUGUUUUACGAUAUCGUUUUACGUGUUGUUUGUGUCUUUAUUUUACAGUUAUUUUGUGUACUCUCUCGAUACCUGUUUGUAUUUUUUAUUGAAUUUUUUUUUAAACCGUUGUAUGGUGAAUGAACAAAUGCUUUUUUUGUGUGUAAUUAUCUCUUCAUAAAUAAAUUGUCCGUGUACUUUGUAUACGUUUAUGGUA